CUCCCCCUCGGCUGCCCGGCCCCUGCGGGCUGCGCUCCGCGGGAGGCGGCGUCCCCGGGCGCUCCUCUGCGCGGGUCGCGGCGGCUCCCGGAGGAAACAUUUGUCAAUAUCAUAUAUCAAUUGAACAUCAAGGUCUCCAGAGACUCCAAGCACAGAAGCUUUUGCUUCCUCACUGGGAGAGCCUGUAUGAAGACCUGGGUGGAUGGUGGUGUAAGAAGCAGAGGGUGCACGCAGCACAGAUGCCAGCCUUCUCCAAGGAGUAACCUCUUCACCCCCGAGUGACGCCAGCUCCUGGCGGAACCAUGGGGCCGGAGGGUGGUUUCCUAGGCAGUGGACAGGUCCACAUUAUCCUGUGGGGAAGUUUGGCAGCCAUGACAACGCUCCUGUUCCUCACCUUCCUCAUCUUCCUCUGCUCCAGCUGCAACAGGGAGAAGAAGACCAAACAUCAGAAUGGAGAUCAUGAAAAUCUGAUGAAGGUGCCUUCCGACAAGGAGGUGUUCAGCCACUCGAUCACAAGUUCAGCUACAGAGCCCCCUCCGAGCAGCGACCAGAACGGGGCACUCAGCAACGGCGAGGUACUCUCAGAGGACAGCACAACUGCCUGUAUCCAGCCUUACGAGGAAGUACAGACAUCUGUCUCAGAUCUGCUAGAUCCACAGGAUAGUCUUGGAAAGCCUAUCAAAUGUCACCAGAGCCGGGAACUACCCAGUAUUCCCCCUAACACCACCAUGGAAACCAUCAUCUCAGCUAGAAAUGCAGAAAAUGAUCAAAGUCUGGGAAUGGAAGGGCCUUACGAAGUCUUGAAAGACAGCUCCUCUCAGGAGAACAUCGUUGAAGACUGCUUGUAUGAAACUGUGAAGGAAAUUAAAGAUGUUGGGACAGUAGCCAGCGUGGAAGGGAGCUGUAACAGCAAAUCAAAGGCUUUGCUGAUGGUUGCUGAAGGUCAGAAUCAGAUUCCUGACUGCAGAAUUGAAUCAGCAGAAUAUGCAUCUGUUGACCGAAAUAAAAAAAGUCGCCAAAGUGCUAAUUCAGAAAGCCCUCUUGACAACACACCAGAUGUAGAGGAUGAACUUCCCCCUCCGGUACCCAUGAAACUUCUUGAUGAAAAUGAGAAUGUGCAAGAAAAAGAAGUGGAAGAAGAAGUGACGGAAGGAGCAAGUAAACCAGAGAAGAGGCUUAGUUCAAUGUCUUACAAGUCUCGAGAGGAAGAUCCGUCUCUUACAGAAGAUGAGAUCUCAGCCAUGUACUCAUCGGUGAGUAAGCCGGGACAGGCCACGAAGGCACUGGAUUCUCCUUACACCUGUAUUCAGGAGAUUGCGUCGCAGAGGUCCCCGUCAGUCUGCAGUGGCCUCUACGCAAGCGUGAAGGACUUUGAAAACACCCUAAAUGCUACCACUGUGCCUCAGUCAGCCGACAGACCCAACGGGGAGCUGGAGCCUGACUAUGAAGCUAUCCAGUCUAUCAGCCAAGAAGAAGACAGGACCUUGUCUGUGCCUAAUACAAACCACACUGCUCUUUCAGGAGAGAGUGACUAUGAGAGCAUAGGGGACUUGCAGCACCACAGGGAGUUCACCAGACUUUAACCGCUCCGGCCGGCAGAUCUCUCUGCUGGUGUUUUCAAAGGAAAAUGCGAAACACGGAGAAGGAAGCGCUUCUCCUUUUGAGGAACAAAGCUGAGAACAGAAGUUGUGAAGCAGAGGCGUAUUUAUUAGUGUGAUACCCGCUGGGUUAUUCCGGAGGGCAGGGGGAGGCUCACGGGAAAGGGUACGUCAGGUCAGAAGGACCACCAGGACAACGGAAAGGCUUCUUCAUUGUCCACUCCCAAGAAGCUGGGAAGGAGUGCCAUGCUUGUCCUCCCGAUAGGAAUACAUACCAAAAAGACUGCCUUUACACAAAGAUAGCUUUUCAUAUUGAGAGAUUAUUUUAUGUCAUUUGCUUCAAAGUGGUUUUCAAGCAUCUUUUUUUUUCAUUCGAGUUUGGGCCCCCCCAGCGUCGAGCACCUGAGGGAUCAGCGUACCUCAACUCAGAGUCCUUUGCAGGGCUGGGGAAGGCACGCUUGAGUCUGUCUGCUGAGGAGCUCUGCCCACAUUCACUGCAAUUAAAGUACAAACAAAAAGAACUUCACGAGGGACCUACUCCAAAUGUACUUGAAUUAAUUCUGUCAGCUUUUUUUUGUUGUUUUUUUUUUUAAUGUCAAGGGCUGUAGAAUGUGACUUGCAAUAUUUGAGAUGUGUUCUGGUAUUUGUAGAUUUUUUUUGUUCGAUUAUUUGUGAAAUACCAACUCUAAAAUGGCAAAGUGACACCCUCAGCAUUCUUGCAUCCCCAUGUGCACACCUACACCUUCACGUACACACCCCAGACAAUCGUCACGUUGCAAAAAGUUGUGCAAACGAAUGCAUUGGCCUGAUGUUUAGUCUAACCUUAGUGGUGUUGAGUCAUUUUUGGAAGCAUUUUCCCUUUUUUUAAAACUUCAAAUAUUUUAAUAUGUUUGUCUAGUUUAUUAUAUAGGAAAAUUUGUGUACUGUGUUGAGUGGAUGAUAUUUUUUAUUUUUACAACACAUUUUUCAUCUUCAGAGUUUUUGUAGAUUAACUUACAGUUUUAUGUAACAGCAGGAAUCCCAUUCUUUCUUUGGGCUUUAUUUGGCUUUCCUUUAAAUUUUUUUCCUAUUUCAGAAGUACGUAAAUGAACAAUUAGUUUGUGGGUUUGGGGUUUUUUUGGUCUUCUUGAGCAGGGAUGUGGAGUAUGCCUUGCUUUUUUUUAAGCUCAAAAUAGUAGAGUCUAUGUAAAAGAACACUGCCAAAGGGCAAAAAAGAGGGAGAAGAGACAGUGGGAUUUAGUCUAGGAUUGCCACUGGUCCUCCUUGUUCCUCUGCUAAAAGGAGCAGAAGGGUGACCAAGAACUUCUUGGGGCUCUGAAAAGCAGUUUGAAAACCCCUGGUUUUUCAAAGAUACCAAGUUAUUCUGUAACUAUUAAAAACAGAACAGUGCUUGGAUGAAAUAAGUAGGUACUGGGUUGAUACUUUUGUUUUCCUCAAGAAUAGCACAAUAACUGGUACAACAGUACAGGAACAGUCCGACAGAAGAGAACUGGCAUGGUGUGAUGUGUGUUUGUACACAUGUAUAUAAGGAUACACAUGUAAUUUGGACACAAAUAUAAAUUAUAGUCCAAACUUGGUGACGGUCAAAUACAUUCACAUACAUGGUAUCUGGCAUGUGCUUGAAGAGCAGUUUAUUUUUAAUUUUAAAUAAACAGUACAUAAACCGAGGUCGUCUUACGCCGUAGUAGCCAAAAGAGGUUUAGUUUCAGCUCAGCUGGUACUGGGUCCAGGACCAACCAUCCAUUUACCAGACUGGGUCCUUCUUAGAUCACUGGCCAGCACUCAGUGUUAUGAAGAGCCAACACAGAUCUGGUUAUGCACAUUUAUUGGAAAUAACUUUGUAAUGGAAAGAAGUGUACUGAUUGAUGGGCUUCGCCCGUAAGUCGUACAGCUCUGAGGAGCAGUGCCCGUGUACAGUCAAACUCUGCCCGCACGGCGACCCAGACUUCAUGGACCUUGACCUUGUGUGAUGGAUAGUGCCCCGUGCUUGAGCUGGGACUCUCUUCCUUUGAGGAGAAGCCGUUCAGACUGGUCUAGAUCUGUCUUGUUCUUGACUGUGCUGCCACGCUUCCACAGCCGCGGCAAACCCUUUGCUUCCACUUCAUUGUGGCACUUGUUAAAGCUGACUUCAGUCUUCCUUUCUGGAGUUCUUCCCUCAAAAAAAGUUUCUCUUUCUCUUCCCUUGAAUGUGAAUUCAUUAGGUUCACCUUUGUGUGUUCUCUCCUGUUACUUCCCGCUGUUUAACGCCAAAGAUAAGAUGCACCAUGUUUCAGAAGAUCUGUUGUGCUAAGUCUGGAGAAUUUCUAAAGUCUUUAACCAUGUUUUCUGCUGUCUGUUCCUUGCUCAGGGGUGCAGGUUCAUAAAUGUAGUCCUUAGUCUGGCUCCUGCAACUCAGUGGCAGGCAUACCUCAACUCCUGAAACUCCCAAAUACGUCUUAAGAUGUAUUUAUCCCUUAUGGAUUGUCUUACUCAUAUGGAUGGCCACUUCUGGAGAAACAGUAGCACCAUGAGGUUUUUCAGGUUCAUCAGAUUCGAUUUCAAGACUAGUUUAAAGAUAAGAGAAAAUGCCAGUUAACAAUAGCAAAGAAUAACACUGAGCUCUUGAUAGUAAAAUUUUAAGGUGAAAAAGAAGAAAAUCAAACAUCACUCUGAAGUGCCCCCACCACGAUCAGCAAGUCAAAGGAAGGAGGGCUGUUGGGUGGCUCUUUACAGUCUUCCAGAGCAGGAUCAGGAGUGUUGGUUUGGAGGAAGGGACAAGACUCAGCUCCUUCCUUCCAUUUUUGACCAUGUUCCGACAGCUGCUCCUUGAGACCCCCAGAAACCCCUUUUCCACAGCGAAAUCCCCUCUUAUUUUAAUUUUGUUUCUAUUUUUAACCUGCCUUACACAGCCUUGUACCAGGAGCUGGUACUGUGUCUGCAGUCCUGUAGUGCUGGCACAUUCCUGCCUGGUUAAAUGACUCUCGGACUGGUCACAACCUUUCCGUUGUCCACCAGACCCUCAGCCUGGUGGGGAAGGAGCUCAGAGUUUGGAUUGCUGCUUGUGGGAUGCGUGCCCCCUCAGCCACUGAGACCCCUGCACGUUGGGCUCCUGAGAGCUCCAAAAAGGAAUUACUCUCCCGAACAAGGAUGCAUGGCGGAGCCCGUAACUCCCCUACAAUCUCCCUUAUAUAGUCUGAUGCUAAAGAAAAAUGUUUUAGAAUUCAGUCCAAGGUUCUUAAGUGAAUAAUUACAUCUCUUGACAAAAAAUCAAGCUUCUGUUUAGUUCCCUCUUCCCAGAAGUAAGAGCUGUUCCUUUCUGGCUGGUGCCAAUGCAUCCUUUUCACUAAUACACAGGAUAGAUUAAUCCGACUGUAAACAAAAAGGAGUCUCUUCUGCUUGCCUCUCCAUUGCUACUUUUUCCUCUUUCACCAUAUCCCCAAAUAAAAUGUCAACAUCCAAAAUGAAGUAUUCGUUACCUGGGGGUCUUUUCUGGGGAAGCUUCACAGUCUAUUUCUUUGCCUCCACUUUUUGGCACAACUCUAUGGUAAGAUCUCCCAUCAAAUUGCCACAGUAAGGCCAAGACAAGCUGUAAUGAGUGUGUAACUGCACUCGUGAAAAGGUCUUUUCUGAGUUCCUUCUGUGAACAGGAAGAAAUAGGAAAUGCAGUUUGGACGUCUCUUCCAUGUACCCGUGUCUCCCCCAGGAGUUGUUCACACCAUGUACCUAAACCAGUGCUAACCCCAAACAUAAACCAGUCACCCCUUUCUACUACGAUGACUGCAGAAUUGCCUUCUCAGUCACAGAGAGAAAUAGAUUCUUUAUAGGUCUCUGUAGCACCUAUUACCAUGGUUAGAUCAGUUAUAGUGCCUUUUUUACUAAGUAGCUAGUACUUCCAUACUCUUUUCCAUACUGUGUUUGUUUAACUCAAAAGUACAAAGGGACAACCCCAACAUUUACUUGUCUAAGUUGGAAACAGCUUUAUGGAGACACAUUAAAUGUGUUGGACCUCAAGUAGCCCUACAAUAGCAAUAGUCUCUCACAAACAUUCUCUAAGAAGCCCAGUAAUGUAGCUAUGAUGACUAAGCUUUGCAAUAAGAAUUAUCAGUCUUCUUUUGAAGAACCUACGUUUUUCAACAGUGAGCAUUCAGGGAGGUGGUGGUCUUUGUCCAUGUCAGCUGUGAACAAUUAGUUGCUUCGGUCUUUCUAUUAAUAGCAAUUGCAGGCUUGCUUACGUGUAGCAGGAUUCAUGAGGUGAGGGAUGAGUAAGUGUGGGGAUUACUGUUCAUGGAUCAUCCAGAGCUGGACCAUCCUCACAGUAGCAACUGGCUGAGGACCAGCUGCCUUGCUCUCUAAGCCCUCAUCUCCUGUGCCUUCAGGGAAUCCAUCCUGCAGGGAUUCCUCUGGGCUGCGUAGCUUCUUGGCUCCCUGAACAGCUCCUGUCUGCUGUCUUGGUCACAAUUCUGUACGUGUGGUGCUUUCAAACUUUCAACGGUGCUUUUAUAAGAUGCUGGAUAAAUGGUUUCAAUGUGCUUUCUGCAAGCUGAGGCGUAAAGCUGUGACACAGGGUGAUGUCUCUAGUGUUGUCUCCUGCCCAGAACAGCGUUAACUGUGUUACUCUGGCUGCGCGAGGCUGACGGUGCUGCCCUGCCUCUUGUUCAUCUCAACCAGAAUGGGGUCAUCAGGCACAACCAGCCUAGGGUGGGCCACGGGUGGGCAAAAGCAGCCAUUGAGGCCAAGUGCCUUGGCUUGAAAGCAGCUCAGACACGGCUCUCACCUCUGCAGUGUGGGACUGGAAACAUCCAAGAGCCUAGCUCUAGGACUAAGGACAUUUUGUCCUCUGUCCUACUGUGCAUAUACAUUUGUUUGCAAUACGACUGUAAGAAACCUGUUUCUGCAACGUUUUAAUUUGGGCCCCACUCCAAUGAGGGACUUUUGCUGUUUGGCAAGCUACCAGUUAUUUCAGACUGGUUACUUAUGUAGGUUGGAACAUGCCCAAAUGAGGCUGCUAUGUCUCUCACAAGUAACUUGGUGUGUGAAACCUACUGCAAAACAGGAGAAUGCAGAAAGAUGCUGGGCCUGGCAGGUUCUCCUGUGGUGGCCUGCUGGAAACUUUCGAGGGCAGGUCUCUUCCUGCAGGGAAGCAUAAAUGCUAUUAAUAUGAUUUCAUACCCUGGUGCUGAAGUUGAUUUGUAGCAUCUCUUUUGGGAUGGUGAUGGUUGGAGACAUUACCAGAGCAGAUCUCAGCCUCAAAAAAAAAAAAAAAAAAAAUUUCAAAAAAGUAUUUUUCUCUCUCUUGCUGGCUAGCAACUUAUGUUGAAGAUUAUGCUACAGAUAAAUGCUGUGGAUAGACCAUCACAGGGAUAAAAACAUAGGGUUACGUUUCUUCAAGGACCGCCCCUACCUUUGGUUGGGUCAGUAAGAAAGAUCCCAGGCUUGCGAAAGUAUUGAACAACAAAAGUAUUAAACAAAUUAAUGCCUAUGUGGUAAUUUCCCAGGAGUGCAUUAGGCUGUCACACACACUAGACACUGCUCCUUUCCUGUGGAUAACAGAAAGAUGAAAGCUUAUUUGUAAUACAAGAAUCUCAUUGAUUAGUUGGUAACACUUACUUUUAAGUUACUUACAAGUGACCGACCUGUAAGUAACUGAGGGGUAAUCCAAAGGUCUACACAAUUUAGAUAUAUUUAAUUAACUCUCAAUGACCCAGCUCAGGUGUUGUAACAGAAUCACUAGAACAAUUUAAUGCUCUACUUGGUCUGAGCUGCUCACUGAGCUCACUCCAGCACCCCAAUUUCCACAGCACAUGCAUGGAUUAUCUUUGUAUUCCCUACCCAUUGGCCCAGUCUAUAGGUAACAUAAAACUGACAGUUCUAGGUUUGUUUUUUUUCAAGCUGUGAGGUUUUAUUUCUGGAGGUGUUCGGUUUCAAACUGGCCAGAGGGACAGUCGCUGCAAACAUGAUAGCAAAGUGCCUAAAAAUAAAGAUGUUUCUGAAAAUGUAAAAGAUGCUCACUGUUACUGCAGAGCAUCUUGUCUCCUCUCUGUGGUACUCUCUUGCCAUACACGUUCCUAAAGAUUCGCUUUCAUUUGUGAUGUUCAUUUAUUGUUACAAUAGCACAAUCUGACAAAGUUUCUGUCUCCGCAAGUUCAGUGUCUAAUUUUAACAAGCAUGUGUUUGUUACAGAAAAUAUAAAACAAGAUUCGUUGUUCAGUUUGGAGGGCAGCUAUGUUAUUUCUUAUAGUUUAUGAUAAUGCAAAGAUCUUAGAUGAUUUACAAAGUAUGUAAGUAUCACUUGACUUCAAAAUGCUUCUUUUGAGAUUUGGGAAUGCCUCCCGUUCACUACAAGACAAUGUUACCAACUCUUGUCCUUUUCAUCUGGUAAUAUUGGGGAGGGGGUUUUAAACUUUAAAAAAGACAGCGUUGAUGUUUCGACUUCCUCAUUUCUAUGAAGAGACUCUCGUAUUUUAACCUUCAGCCUAGGUUGGAUUUGGACUACCCUCUUACUCAAGGAACUCCUCCCCGCCACGUUCAGACAUCACCCUCUUGAGUAUCUCUUUUGUCCUUGAUGAAAUACGGCAACUGUCCAGAGGGCACAGAAACUGCCUCACGCGAAUGGGACCACUUCUGAACGGGACCUUUUUAGUGUGCCAGGGAGAUUCAGAAGCGUGGACUUAAGUCAGAUGUUUUGGGGAAAUCACAUCCUGUCUGGCAGACUUCUGUGGAUGGCUUCAUUUUCUCUUUCAAGGCAAGAAGUUCUGUAGCUUGCAAAGCACUCAACUGACGCGGAAAGAGGUACGAAGAGGUGAACUGGUACAAUGUUUAGUAGUUAAAAAACCACCGAAGAGCACAAGAACCUCCCUUCUCACGUGUCUGAGGACACUGGAAUUUGGUCUUUACCUUUGAGGCUAUUUGAGAACAGUCAUGUAACCAACCUCCUUAGAACAUCCUACCAGCAAACAAGUCUUUGAAUGAGCUUCUAGAUCACUCUGGUGGCUCCUGAGUUUCCACACAUACCACCUUCAUGACUUCCUGCAGGCCCUGUCUUGUCUCUGUGAUGACGACUACUUAGGAAUGGCCCUUUGCUUCACAGUCCUGACCCCUUUAAUUUAAAGAAAGGGGGAUGUGAGCCACUUCUCCUCAGUCUCCUCAGACUGACUAGAUUUUUCUAGAUGAAAGUGUGUUGAGAACUCACCUGCAAACCCAGAAAAGAGCAUUUACUGUUGGGGCAAGACAAGCAUAGUCUUCUGCAGCAGCUAGGAAGAGAAAGGUAAAAGGAACAAUAGUUAAAUUUCAUUUGCACUUCACCCAUCCCACGGAUUUUUAAAGUAGAAGAGGUUACAGUUACGGGAUGCGUUAAUGAGAAUCUCACAGGAGAUGGAUGGAAUUGUUUAUUCUUCUCAGUAUUCCCUGUACCCAAAGAGGCAGGGGCACGUCCUCUUUGCCCCACCAUGACACAGUUUGCUGAUCUUUUACCAACCCUCCGUAUCAACAGAAAUGAAAUCAAUAAAUAAAUUCUAAAUACAUGGUUUUGUUCUGUCAUGAACCCAAAACUGACACAUGGAGGUGCACUAAUGUAAGUACCAUGUGUAGCUCUGGACUUGCACAGGUGGUUUUUAGAAACAAACAAACAAGCCUGGAUUACUUUGUUUAAAUAGAAUUAUUUGCAUGAGACAAGGGUGCAGGAUUGGACCCUAUGAGUUUAGAAGAAGUUGGCUUUGGUGCUAGGUAUUUUUCUUUGUUUUUUCAGUGAAAUAUAUUUUCUUUCUUUUCUGUUAGCGAAUUUACAGGACUUCCAUAGGAACCACAAAAUAUAGUCUGGUAUAUGGAUAGUUAUCUCUACUAGCUAUUAUAAAACCAUGCCUCAAUAGGAGUCCCUUUAAAUUGGGUGCUAUAGGAGCUUCUGCGUAAAAUUGCUUUAUAUAUGGAACACUGCAUACUUAGAACAUAGUGGAUAAAUACUUGUAAUUACAGACACUUUCGUUUAUUUUAUCCAUUGUUUUAUAAUGGAAAAAUAUUUAUUACCGAAAUGGUUUUCCAGCAGUGUUCUCUUACAGAAUGUUCUGGCAACAAACCGUGUUUUCUCGACAACCACUUGAUCCUCCGGUCACGGACACACAACCACAAAACAUCUUUAAACUGGGGUGAGCUUCUGAAGAGAGAGGCUUAGACCUGGGUUUGGCUCCCGUGGCCUGGACACGUUGCAUUUUACAAAUUGGUAAAUGCCAUGAAAUUCCUCUCAAGGUUUUCUAGCAGUAAAUAUGAGUUGAUGUAAUUUAGUCGUACCGUUAUUCCAAGAAUCUUCAUCCCAUGUUUCUAGCCAAUUCAGCUUUUGGCUGCUGAAAGCACAGUAGGUAAUUAUGGUUAUUUACUGUAAAUGUAGAAAAGUUUUAUGUAAAUAUUUCAGGGGAAAAAUGCUACAUAAACAUAUGAUGCAGUUAUCUAAAAGUAAGAACAUAGGUCAAUAAUAUAAAAUACAGGUUUUAUUUAUGUACAGUAGUAUCCUAAUAUUUACUUGUUUAUAUGCAGAAAAAAAUCUUAAGAUUCUGUACUGUAUUCUCUGAAAGCUUUUAAAAGAGGCUCUGCCAUUUUCUCGGUUAAUAUAUUUGCAAAUAACUUUUGAAUUUAGUGGAAAUCCAUGUAAAUGAUGUCAAAUGGGAAACAUGUUACAUUGCAAUGAAAUUAGUUUAAUUCCAAAAUCCUGGCAAAAUUCAUUGGAUUGAAAUUCAAUAGCCAGACAGAAUAAAACACAACAAAUAAG